UUUAUGUUUGUGAUAUUAAGAGUAACAACAACAGUGUGUAUUAUGGACUUGGUUAGGAAAAGUCAAGGACGGAGUGGGGCAUGAUUUAAAAAAUGGCAGAGUAAUAAAAAAAUGUGUAUUAAAAAAUGGUAGUGUUACAUUUUUUUAAAUUCAGGAGUAGUCCAAAUGACUGCUUUAGCAGAUCUCUUGUGGGUUUUAUAGUAACGACAUGUAAUUGAACAGUAAAAAUGUAUUAGCCUACCUUUUAACAAGUUAAAUGUAUUAAUGCAAUGAUUCAAUUUGUGCAUUAAAAAUUAUUCAUUAUCCUAUUACACAUUCUAAAUUCUGCAAUUCAAAUACAAUCUCUGUUGGAACUGACAUAGCUCCAUAGUUACCAAAGGAACUCUCUAGUGUAGAAUAUCUAAGCCUUCACAAAUAGGCUAAACUUCUUAAACGUGUGUCCUCCAUUACCCUUCUUCGAGAAAUUACUGAUUUGAUAGGAUGGAUAAAGCAGGACUCCCCUUCAUGUAAACCCACUCAUACUUUACAUGGAUAUUCACAUGCUAUGUGCCACUAUCAUAGAGAAGAGAGAAGUAGCAGGCAGUACUGUGUUCAAGGAUUAGAAUAGAGGACAGUGACACCUGCUUUGUUCAGUCUCAAAUUCAACUUCAUAUCGUUAGUGAAAAAAAAAUAUUUCUAUGGUUAUGUUUUCAAUCAAGAAAAACUCCAACACACUGGAAAUCUUGAUGCUUCCAACGACUGACUGGAUCAAUACAUCAAUAACAUUGUGAUCCAUUCAAUUGUUGGAAGCAUCAAGAUUGCGAGUGUGCUGGAGUUCAUAUUAAUUUUAAACUUGGAGAUUUUUAUUUGAGUUCCCUUUUUUCCAUGAACCUGGUAGCACAUGGUGAGUAUUCUAGUUGUCCAGCUGUCCAGGUAAUUAUUAAAUAAGGGUCUUUUAUAAAUCUGCCAGACACCAGUUUUAACUUGCAAACAGAGUUUAUGAUGAGGCACAAUCUAUUAUUCUUGUUAACCAGUUGUAUAUCCACCUCACAUGUCUAUUUUACUAGAACUUUUUGACUAUUUCUGUUAAGCACUCAUAGAUCCACUAAUAUUCCAAUUAGUUUUGAUGAAGUCUUCAGGUCAGUUCAUCAUACUCCGUAACUCUUAAGAAUUUAACAAAUCCGUUGUGUGUGUUUUCCAGUGACUUGGUGAGGAUUGAGGAACCAUGGAACAGUUUGAAAGCUUCAUAUGGACUAGAACUAUUAUAUUGGUGCUUGGAAGCAUUGGAUCCUGUAUUGCAUGUGGUAGAGACGAGUACAGAAUAGGGGAGGAAUGUUGUCCCAUGUGUUCACCAGGAAAUCAUGUACAUAAGCAUUGUACAAAAUUCACCACUACCUCCUGUGUGUCCUGUGUUGCUUUUACAUUCCUUGAUGAGCCCAAUGGUCUCAUGAAAUGUGCACCAUGUUCCAGCUGUGAUUCAGAUUUGGGUUUGAGGGUGAAACAGCCAUGCACAUCACAAUCAGAUGAUUUUUGUGAGCCACAGGAGGGGUCCUUUUGUUGGUUCUCAAACAAAAAUGGUUGUAAAAUAGCCCAGAAACACAGAAGCUGUAAACCUGGUCAAUACAUACAUCACACAGGAACAACAUCUACAGAUACUGUGUGUUCUGACUGUACUGGUGAUACCUAUUCAGAUGGAUCAUUAGCAGCCUGCCAGUCACACACUGGAUGUGAAUCGUUGGGACUUCAGGAAAUUAAACCAGGAUCUCCUUGGUCGGAUUCAGAGUGUGGAUCACUACUAUCCCAUUCCACAGCUAGAAGCAGAAUUGGUGCCCUGGCAGUUGCCAUUAUAUUAGCUGGAGGGGCUUUCUUUUUAAUAAUGGUCAGAAGAAGAUCCAGAAGGAACCUUAACAGCUUCUGCUGUUAAGACUGCUGAACAAUUAAUGAAAUGGCCACCUGGACUAUUUACACCCCCCCCCCCCCCCCCCUUUGUUUUUACACUGCUGCUACUCUCUGUUUAUUAUCUAUGCAUAGUCACUUUACUCCUACCUACAUGUACAAAUGACCUCGAAUAACCUGUACCCCCACACAUCGACUCGGUACUUGUACCCCCUGUAUAUAUUGGGGCGGCAGCGUAGCCUAGUGGUUAGAGCAUUGGACUAGUAACCAAACGGUUGAAAGUUCAAGUCCCCGAGCUGACAAAGUACAAAUCUGUGGUUCUGCCCCUGAACAAGGCUGAUAGAAAUUUUUCUAUUUUCUAGUUCAAUAAAGAAAAUAAUUAUUGUUAUUUUAUUGUUACUUUUUAUUUAAAAAAUUAUUUUCUUAACUAUUUCUUGAACUGCAUUGUUGGUUAGGUUGUAUUCGGCGCAUGUGUCCAAUACAAAAGUGUGCAUUAUUUUUUGCUGUUUGACAAAUAAAAAUGUGUUGCUCAAUUUAAAAAAAGUCCUAGGGUAGCCUAGUG